AUGAGAAGCCGCUGCACAGCAACAACAGACACAGUGUGUGCCCCCUGUCAAGACGAAUACUUCAGUAGUGAGCACAGCCAUGACUUCUGCAAGAGUUGUACGAUCUGCGACACUAGUAAGGGGAGCAAGGAAGUGAAGAAGUGUGAGAAGACCUCUGACAGAAUUUGCAUGUGUGAGGCAGGUUACAUGCCAGAUGUUACAUAUCCUCUGCGAAGCGUAUGCUUACCAUGUCCUGAAGGGUCUUAUUCCAUAGGGGGAAAUGAAAACUGCCAACCUUGGACCAACUGCAGCGUUCUUGGGAAAAGUACUCUUCAACCAGGGACAAGAACAAAUGAUGCUGUUUGCAGCAACCAUGUCACACAGCCAGCUACAUCUCAGAGUGCAACACCAGCUUUGAAUCUUUCCACCACCGACUACAAGAAUAAUACGUCAAAUGCGACGUUCUCACCGUCCAGACCCAGUGUGAUUCCUUUCAUUUGCACAGAUACGAACAGCCCCACAGAGACUAACUGGGGGUCCUUAUCACUUAUCCUUAUUAGUCUGAUAUUGCUCAUGGUGAGUGGAAUGUCCAUCCUCCUGUUGAUUAUCCAAGCAGCCAAAAAAGAGACCAAGAAGAGGCCUUGUAGAAGCAACAAUCAAGGAGGGAGCUGUCGACUUCCUAUCCAGGAAGAACAAAUUGACUCCAAUUCUACUCUCAUCAAAAACUGA